AGGUGCCGGUCCCGCCCCUCCCGCCCCCGGCGCGGCGGUGGCUGCGCCCCGCGGCUCUGCGCUGCGCGGCCGGAGCUGCGCGGAGCCCGCUGUGAGCCGACAGCAGCGGCAGGACAGCCCUAAAGCCAUGGAAGAGUUAAUAGUCGAGCUGCGCCUGUUUCUUGAACUUCUGGACCAUGAAUAUCUAACUUCUACUGUCAGGGAGAAGAAGGCAGUAAUAACGAACAUUCUCCUGAGGAUACAGUCAUCAAAAGGUUUAGAAAUAAAAGAACAUGUACAGAAGCAAGAAGUCACCAACAGUUUGCCGGCGCCUCCUCAAAUGCCUCUGCCAGAAAUACCUCAGCAGUGGCUGCCACCAGAUAAUGGGCCUCCACCAUUACCAACAUCUUCCCUUCCUGAAGGCUAUUACGAAGAGGCAGUGCCACUUAGUCCUGGGAAGGCUCCUGAGUACAUCACUUCCAAUUAUGACUCAGAUGCUAUGAGCAGCUCUUAUGAAUCUUAUGAUGAAGAGGAGGAGGAUGGAAAGGGGAAGAAAAUGAGACAUCAGUGGCCUUCUGAGGAAGCUUCUAUGGAUCUGGUGAAGGAUGCCAAAAUCUGUGCCUUCCUCCUUAGAAAGAAACGAUUUGGCCAAUGGACGAAACUGCUGUGUGUUAUCAAAGAAAACAAACUACUGUGUUACAAAAGUUCCAAGGACCAGCAGCCCCAGAUGGAGCUACUCCUGAAUGACUGCAGUAUCACAUACAUUCCCAAAGACAGUAAAAAGAAGAAGCAUGAACUGAAAAUCUCGCACCAAGGAGCUGAUGCCCUGGUUCUGGCAGUGCAGAGCAAGGAGCAGGCAGAACAGUGGCUAAAGGUUAUAAAAGAUGUGUGCAGCAACUGUACGGGAGCUGUAGACUCCGAUGGACCAUUGUCUAGUUCUCCAGUACACAAGAUAGAGCUGGAGAAGAAGCUGUCAUUUGAGAGGCCAAGCUCGGAUGGGGAGGGUGCUGUGGAAAAUGGCACCACUACUGUGUGCAACGGAAAGGAACAAGUGAAGAGGAAAAAAAGUUCAAAAACAGAAGCCAAGGGCACUGUGACUAAAGUAACGGGGAAAAAAAUAACGAAGAUCAUUGGUUUAGGAAAGAAAAAGCCUUCAACAGAUGAGCAGACCUCAUCAGCUGAAGAAGAUGUCCCAACAUGUGGAUAUCUCAAUGUGCUCUCAAAUAACCGUUGGCGUGAGCGCUGGUGCAGAGUGAAAGAUAAUAAACUCAUUUUCCACAAGGACAGAACAGAUCUGAAGACGCACAUUGUUUCUAUCCCUCUCCGUGGCUGUGAAGUCAUCCUGGGGCUGGAUUCGAAGCAUCCUUUGACCUUCCGCCUGCUCCGAAAUGGGCAGGAAGUUGCUGUGCUCGAGGCAUCCUCCUCUGAAGACAUGGGCAGAUGGAUAGGAAUUUUGCUGGCAGAAACUGGGUCAUCAACAGACCCUGGAGCUCUGCACUAUGACUACAUUGACGUGGAAAUGACUGCAAGUGUCAUUCAGGCUGCCAAACAAACCUUCUGUUUCAUGAACAGAAGGGUUAUAUCUACAAAUCCUUAUCGGGGAAGCACUGCCAAUGGCUACGCCUGUCCGAGUGGAAUGGCACUUCAUUAUGAUGAUGUUCCCUGCAUAAAUGGAUCGUGGGAACCAGAAGAUGGCUUUCCUUCUUCUCGUAGCAGGAACAUUGGAGAAGAAAUGCUUUAUGAUAACGCAGGCCUGUACGAUAACUUGCCGUCUCCAAAAAUCUUUGCACGCUAUCCGCCAGCUGACAGAAAACCCAAUAGGUUAUCAUCUACUGACAAACUCUCCUCUAACCAUUACAAAUACCCUGUCUUAUCCAAUCUGUCUUCUGCUCAGUCUGUCACUAAUACCUCUGCUGUGGGGAGGGGAUCUGGCUCGCAGUUUAAAGGCAAGAAGCCUCCUGUGACUGCUAAUGGCAUCACCGGAAAAGGGAGAACUCUAAAUAGCCAGCCAAAGAAAUCUGAAUCGGUGUCAUGUGUGAAGCGCACUGCAUCCAAUGCGGAGCAGUACAAAUAUGGCAAGAAUCGUGUGGAGGCAGAUGCGAAGAGGUUACAAAGCAAAGAGGAGGAGCUGCUAAAGAAGAAAGAGGCACUCCGGAAUAGGCUGGCCCAGCUCCGAAAAGAAAGAAAAGAUCUACGUGCUGCCAUUGAAGUCAAUGCUGGCAGGAAGACCCAAGUGAUUCUUGAAGACAAGUUGAAGAAGUUGGAAGAGGAGUGUAAACAGAAGGAGGCUGAACGUGUAAACUUGGAGCUAGAACUGACUGAGGUGAAGGAGAGCCUUAAGAAAGCCUUGGCUGGUGGCAUCACACUGGGCUUGGCUAUUGAGCCCAAAUCAGGAACAUCAAGCCCACAGUCUCCAAUUUUCAAGCACCGAACUUUGGAAAACUCCCCAAUCUCCAGUUGUGAUACCAGUGAUACUGAAUGCUCAAUACCUGUGAACAGCGCAGCAGCUCUAAAGCGACCUCCCUCCUCAAAUAAUUCUCCAUGUCGAGGCCAUGUCCUUCGAAAAGCAAAGGAAUGGGAGAUGAAAAAUGGAACAUAAACAUAUCAAAACCACUCACUUCCUGUAAAGGCCUUACCUAAUAUGGACCAAGACAUAGGCUGCAAAAUACUCAUCUGAAAGGCCGUAUCAAGCGAUACAACAUAAGAGGUUUUAUAAUUCUGUUAAGUUGAUGGUAGCUUGGCGCUAAUUUGCCUGUAUUCCCUCUACUGUAUUGCUGUGUAACUAUGUGUGCCCUUUUUAUUAGCUGUAACUCUAUUUCCAAUGUCACUGGUAAAGAAAAAAAUGAAAACCAAAAGAACCAAACCAACCACAGUAAUUUAAAAGGAUCAUAAAGUCACACUUGAAAAUUCUCUUUGCUAGAACAGCAUUGACUGGCGAUAUUAACUGAACACCACUGAAGACGAGUGCAUUAAGAUUGACAUGAAAUCAUAACUCUCAUAGGUUAAAACUGACUUUUGAGGUCUGCCACAGAGAUGGCUGAGCAAAGUGUUGCUCAUUGGCAGUCUCUUUGCAGUUAGCUGUUUGCGUGGCAGAAGAAAACUGAAGAAUGUGUUCACAGAAAUGGCAUGGCUUGCUUGGUCAGGAAGACAGGAGCUCUUCAGUGCCGCUGUCCUCUACGCUGGUGCAAGACCAUGGGAUGACACGACUCAGCUGUGAAUCAUUUCAUACUUUGUAGACAGAUGUUUUUGUCAUAGGGAGAUAAAAAGCUGCCAAUCUUUGAAAAAAACCCAUGCAUUUUAGUACAUUCUCUUUCUUAGUAUUUUGAAGUACCAGUCAUUUUCAAAGGUCAUGUUGUUGAACUGUGACUUGUUCCUGAUUUUUUUAAAAGGCAAACAGAUAUUUUUAGAUACUCGGUCUUUUCUAUACUUUUUGAAAAAGAGAAAGCGUAAUUGAAAUUAAUCCUCAACAGAUAACAGCAAUUCAGAAUAGCUUAUGCAGUCAGUCUUGUUUUGUUUUUUUAUAAUAUAGUAUUGUUAAACUUGAGUUAUAGAACACUGCUGUACUUAGUUUCCAUCACUUUUUCAGACCUCAGCUAUUAUUUUUGAGGAAAAUGGACUGAAAAGAUGGUUAUUUCCAGACUCUUUUAUACACGAUUUCACAAAUAAUUGGGGAUUUUUCUCAGAUGGGUAUUCACUUCUGUUUGCUAGGAAACAGUGUCUUGUGGCUUAGUCUGUAAAAUGAUAAAAAUCUGUUCUUCUUUGUCUCCAUCCAUGUCACUUCUGAGAACUUACAUGCAGUAAAUUGCCAACUGAAGUCCUUCAAAAUCUCAAGAUUGGCUUUAAAAAUCAGGAGAGAGAGAGAGAGGGAAAAACACAUAUAAUUAGUUGGGUUCUUUUAAUAUUUCCUCUGUGGGUUUUUGUUUAAGCCUUUGGAGAGCCUUUAAUCACAUUCUCAAGAUUUUUCCCUUCUUGACUUUGAGGACUAGAAAAUGACUUUAAUUAAAAAAAAAUAAAAUACUACUCAGAUUUGAGGUAAUCACAGCUGUUUGGGCUGGAGAUCAUUAGUUAAGACUUGCGAUUAAAACAACAGAAGUUGGCAAGACAGUAGUUAUCAAGGAUCUAUGGCCCAGCCUACAGUUUGCCUCUUACCUUGAGGAAUAGCUGUGUGUAACUCCUGAAGGGUACACUGAGAUUCUCAGCUGAGCUGGAUGUCAGAGGACCUCCCACAGGAGCUGGUGGCAUUUGAAAGCAAAAAGCCAUCAGAAAGACCUGAUAGCUUCUAGAAUGCAGGGCUGUGUGCUGGUCCCAAAUGCAAUUAGUGCCAGGGAUCCAUUAAUAUCAGCAGAGUAGAAAUGGAGUCCAAUAUGAGAAAAGACUUUUUGCCUCUUGGGACUAUGCUUUGUACAAAGUGCCACAGGAAUGCAGAUACACUAGGGAAGCAAAGUGUCAGUGUGGUUUUCACUGAAAACAGGAUCUUUUUAUAUAUUAUUUUAGGUCAUCUGCUUACUUACUAACUCUAUAAGUAGAAGGCACAUUCUGUGCUGUAUGACUGUGGACUAAAGAGUAUCAAGUUCCCAUAAAUAUUAGCAGAAACAAAUUUGAAGCAAAAGUAAGUUCAUUUAGGCUUUUUAUUUCAAAUUAAGUUAUUUAUUUGUAUAUUUCAAUAAAUAUUUAAUUUAUAUCUGUACAUAUUUAUGAUGCCAAUUAGGCUUCUAGUCAAUGUUUGCAAUGAUGUAACAGUUGCCAUUAAGAAGUGGUCCAGCAUCAAGUAAUGAAGAGUAGUCAAAAGCCAAAUCACUUGUCUUCUUUACCCAAUAUUGUUACUCUAUCUUCCACCCCUUAUAUCCCAUUGAAACAAAAAAAUCCUUUUCAAGAAUAGGUUUAAUUCAUGCCUGAGACAGAAGUGUGCAAACAAAAAUUAUGGCGUGUUGGGCCAUGUUCACAAGCCCAGCCCCGGUGCCAGAGCCUUCUGCUCUACCAUAGAUGCCGAUUGCCCUCAGCACCUAUAGUACCCUUGGCACCCAUACCACCCACUGCAGCAGGCAAAAUUAAGCAUCUUCUGCCCUUCCUUGAGCAAAGGCUCCAUAAAGCCACCACGGCCCCCAACCUGGCACAUACUGUAAUUGUAUGUCUCUAAUGUGUAAGUGCACUGGUACCAUCGCAAUUUGCAUUAGUGACAUGUCUAUGUAACAGCCAAAGAUUUCAAAGGAGGAAAACAAAAAACCUCGGGAAAAAAUAACCUCUCUAUAGACCACAUUUGGUGCUGUGAAAUAUACUCUGUUUUCUUGAAGAGCACUGUUGCUGCACAAUUUUUUUAUAGAAAGCAACAGUUUGUAUUUUCACCAGUUUUAGAUUUCACGAUCACCAGGCAAAGUCAUCAAUAGAGCAGCAUGACUUUUGUUUUAAAGGAAAACUCUUGUAUUUUAAACCAUUUCUAUGUCUUUUAAGGAAAUAUUACACUUGUGCUUCCUCAACAAACUCCUGUUAACUGUACCAGGUGCUUUUUUUUUAAUUGUUUGGGUUUUUAUUAUGGGUGAUGCUUUUUUUAAAAGAAAACAAAUCAUAACAUUGGGGGGGGGUCAAAUAUGUUUUGUUUUUAUUGAGAUGAUUGUGGCAAUUUGAUUUUUCAAAUGAAGAAUUACUUACUUUAGGAUCGAGUUUUGUUUAAAAAGACACUUUCGAAUUAAUUGGCCCAGGCUGUAUGUUGUAAGAUAAUGUUCUCAUAUUAAGAAUGUAAUUAUUUCCUUAUUGUAUUUUUUAAAAAAACAAAAUCAUAUUUAAAAAAGAAAAAAAUCUCUGUGAAAAAAAAAAAAGCAUGAAAGAAACAUGAAAAAAAGUUUUUGUUUUAUUUUUGUUAUUGGAUAUGUUGGCAGUGCCCAUUAUAAUUGACUGUAAAUAUAGUCUUUCUACUGUAUUUCUCAAUGUAUUUAAGUUUUUUUGGCACACAUUCAUAGAAACUUCUGUUUAAAAACAAAAAAGAAAAAAAGCCUCCAAAAUAGACCCACCUUCAAUGUGUGUCUUAGUAGCUUCAACUAACUUUAUGUCUUUCUAGUUUAUCCUUCAGAAAGUCUUGCAGAGUGUGAAAAAAGACUGGCACCUGAUUGACAGGCGCGACAGAUCCAAGACCAUUAUUAAUAAAAAUACCUGUCAAAAAAAAAGAA